AUGAUUGACAAUCGUAGAAAUUCAACUGAAUCAAACUCUAGCAAUUCCUCAAAGAAGUACUCACCACAUGAAGCAUCGACUAUGUCUUCGGAGCACGACCACGAGGAUGUUACCAAACCUCUUAACGUUGGUGACAUUGUAAUUCGUUCAAGCUUUGCCGAUGCCUCUGCUGAGGAGCAAUCAAAGAUCAUCUUGGAGCGUUUCAACAGCGGUAUCAAGCACUCUGCCUUCACAGACAAUCCAUUAUUGGGUCGUGGUCUCACUCGUGUCGAUGUCUCACAAUACGUCAUGGGUCACCGUAAUCAAGUUGCCGAGUUGUACGAUCCAAGAGGUAAACGUUUCAGCACUAUCUACACUCCAGAUCCAACCGUCACCGUCAAAUACAUUGGUCCAGUCUCAAAGACUGCUCAUUACUUUGGUGCAUAUGGUAAACAUGUUUUGAAUGUUCCAGCCGGUCAUUACGCUUUGGCAUUCUCAAAGAAUCGUCCAGUUCUCUAUGGUGAGGGUCCACAUGUUAUUAUCGAUCCAACCUUUGAGUUCAAGGAGCACACUGGAUUCGUCAAUCAAAACGAACCGGUUAUCGAACAUCAAACUAUUAAUAUCUUGAGAAUUCCAGCCGGUAAGAUUGCCAAGGUUUGGUUGGGUACUCAACCAGUGAUUUUGGAGUCGCGUCGUGAACCAUACGUCUACGUCGACGCCCAAUUCCGUUUGGUCGCGCCAGAGGGUGCAAAGAAGGCUCAGUUGUUCUACAACGCCACCGAUCCAUUCAUUGAGCACGGUUCCAUCAAGCGUAUCAUCCCACACACCGGUGAGGUCGCUAUCACCUACAACAACGGUAUCCUCACCAUCGUUCCACCACCAAAGAACUCGUUGCCAAUCAUCAUCGACAGUCCAACUCACAACUUUGAGGGAUUCAUUUCGACUUCACUCCAAACCUGUUUGUUCCCAAGUAAGGAGACCAAACAGCAGGCUAUCGAGGACAACAAAAACUACAAGGCUGCCACCAGCGAUGAAAUCAACUUGAAGAUCUUCCAAACCAGAGAUUCAUUGAGAGUCGGUGUUGUCUUGGUCGUAGCGUUCAAGAUUGUCGAUCCAGAGAUGGCACUUACCAAGCUCGGAAAGGAGGGAAUCCUCUUGCACAUUGAGAACGUCUCAUUCGCCGACAUGGGUAAAGCCAUCCAGUUGUCCACUCUCCAAGAGGUCAUGUACUUCAACAACACCAAGCCAGGUUCAAAUCUCUCCGCCGAGGAAUCUCAAGUGCAAACCAUCCAAGAUCGUGUCAAAUCGAAUCUCGCUAAGGAUCUCUCAGAGUACGGUAUUGAGUUGGCUCGUCUCCAAAUCGAAACAAUGAAGGUUCUCGAUACUGAGAUCGCCAAGAAGUUGGCCGGACAAUCUGUCACCUCCGCCGAGUACACCACCAAGCAGGCUACUUUGGUCAAGGAGUACGACAUCAAGACCACCGAAGCCAAGUUGAAGGCAGAGACUGACAACAUUGCCUUGGUCCAAAAGAACAACGCCAUCAUCGCAGAGGCCAAUGCCAAGUUGCAAUCGGCUCAACGUGAUGCUGAGGCACUCUUGAUUGCUGCUGAUGCUCAAAGAAAGGCUCAAGAAAUGAUGGGUGAACUCUAUGCCAAGUACCCAGCAUUGCUCGAGAUCGAAAUGGCAAAGAUCAAAUCUCAAGCUUUACAAAGUGCAACCAUCUAUAUUACACCUGAAAAUGUUGGUAACUUUAUGAAUUCACCAUUGGUCUUUGCUGAUCAAAUCAACAAGAAGAAGUAA